AUGAAAUAUGGACAAGAGUUACAACAGAAUAUAUUCGGACCUUGGCGUCUCUCUUAUGUGUCCUACGACAUACUUAAACAAGAGUUGAAGACUCGUCAAUUGGAUCAUGGAUGGACGCAAAAAGAUGCAAGUGAUUUCACCAAUUUAUUAGAAAAUGAACUCAGCAAAGUAUAUGAUUUUGUUAAUGCUAAACUAUCCGAAAUUGAUGCCCGUAUCUUGUACUGUGAACGCACUAUACAGACACUCCAGAAAAAUCCUAGCAUGUCAUCUGAUGCAAAUUACGGAAUUAUGGAUGAAGCUCUCACUGAAAUUUUAUUUGAUGUAAAUGACUUGUCCCGUUUCACCCGUGUCAAUUUCGUUGCCAUCCAAAAGAUUUUAAAAAAACACGACAAAUGGACUGGUUUGCAUCUGAAGCAUGAUUUCAUCACUAAAUUGAGAGAGAAACCUUUGGAUAAACAACGCUUUGAUGUCGCCAUCAUUUAUAUCUCGGCUCUUCAUGAUAUAUGUCGUAAUCGAGGUAAACAAUCUCCAGGAAAUAGCGCAUCGGGUGGUGACCAAAAUGCCUUUGAAAGAGCAACAGCUAAAUAUUGGAUUCAUCCCGAUAACAUCACCGAAGUGAAGGCAAUCAUCAUGCUGCAUUUACCCGUCUUGAUCUUUAAUAAGGACAAGAAAUGGGAACCUUCGGACUCAGCUGUAUCCAGUACCUAUUUCGAUAACUCCAAUUUUGAUUUAUAUACAGGUAGAUUACAAAGAGACGAAGAAGCAGAAGCCAUCAGAUUUAGAUGGUAUGGGCCCAUGAAUUCAACAAGUGUAUUUAUCGAGCGAAAAACACAUCACGCUUCAUGGUUAGACGGUGCCUCGGUGAAGGACAGAUUUAGAAUUAAAGAAAAUCAGGUCAAUCCAUUUAUGUCGGGAAUUUACACAGCUGAUCAAAUAGCUGAUGCUCAACGAAAAUCAGGAACCGAAGAAUCUACUGUCGAGAACGUUCGUUUCAUUGCAAAAGGAGUUCAAAAGUCAUUUAAAGAAAAGCGCAUAGAACCCAUGUUAAGAGCCUUUUAUAAUCGUACUGCAUUUCAACUACCUGAUAAUCAACGUGUUCGAAUUUCACUUGAUACAGAUCUUACCUUCAUCCGAGAGGAUCAUUUGGACGGUAUCACCCGUAGACAGCCCACUUAUAAUUGGCGUAGAAAUGAUGUUGGUAUCGAUUACCCCUUCCCUCACCUCAAAGACGAUGAUAUCCUUCGCUUUCCUUACGCCGUAUUAGAAACAAAACUUCAAACACAUUUAGGUCAAGAACCUCCAGCUUGGUUAACCUCUUUGCUCGAAAGCCAUCUGGUGCACGAAGUUCCAAGAUUCUCAAAGUACCUGCAUGGUGCAUGUCAUUUCUAUCGCGAAAGACUUCCAUUACUUCCUUGGUGGUUGGCAGAAUUGAAUGUCGAUAUCCGUAAACCUCGCGCUGAAAACAUUGGUCUUACUCGUUCCAAGAGUUUUAAGCCGCUGAUUGAUGGUAAGUACAGAAGAGCCAUGAUUGAAGAAAAAGAACGUGCCAAUCAACAAGCUGUGGUUCAACAUGGAGAGAAAUCAUCCCGAAAAUCAAGCUCUACAGGCACUGCUGUAAACAAUGGAUCUUCCAGUUCUAUCAAUGAAUUAAACGUGAAAGAAUACUCUAAUACAGAUUUGCCGCCUUUACCUCCAAGAAAAAAGCCAGCAGCAGCAGCACCAGGAACGUCUGAAAAUAACAAGACGCGAGGCAUCCUUUCUAGUUUCCCUCCACAGAUUCAAAAUUUAUUUUCAAAAAAGAGUGAUAAAUCACAAGAUCUUGAAUUAGGUGCAUCUGCAGCAGAUCCGGGUGAAAACGCAAACAAAAAACAAAAGGUCAAAGUCCGUGUUGAGCCCAAAGUAUUCUUUGCUAAUGAACGUACAUUUAUCGCAUGGUUACAAUUCUGUGCCUUGCUUUUAACGGUAGCCUUGAAUCUAUUGAAUUUUGGUGAUACCAUCUCACGUACGGUGGGUGGUAUCUUUAUUGGUCUAUCUGCCGGUAUAGCCAUUUAUGCCUUGUAUCGAUUCGAAAAACGUGCUUGGAUGAUUAAUCGUCGCAUUGACGGACGUUAUGAUGACAUAUGGGGCCCGGCUGUACUUUGUCUUUUAUUGGUUGUGGCACUUAUUGUCAACUUUUAUCUUCGAUUCAGAUAA